UCCCUCCUUCCUCUCCUCCCCCCCCAUGCAAACGACUGCAGAACUCUACUGAAAGACACUCGUACUUUAAACUGAAGAGACUUUGGAGUAGCUGUCUCCCUCUUACCAACUGCGAAUUAUCAUCACAGAAUGGCGAAGUGCGGAAGCUGUGGACCGGGGUACAAAAGUCCCGUGGAUGCUAUGAAGGGGCCUCGGGAAGAGAUUGUCUAUCUGCCCUGCAUUUAUCGCAACACUGGCAUCCUGAAACCUGAUUACCUUGCCACUGUGGACGUGGACCCCAAGUCACCGACCUAUUGCAAGGUGAUCCACCGCUUGCCCAUGCCCAACAUGAAGGACGAGCUGCACCACUCUGGAUGGAAUGCCUGCAGUAGCUGCUUUGGUGACGCCUCCAAGAAGCGUAACCGACUUAUCCUGCCCUCGCUCAUCUCCUCCCGAGUCUAUGUGGUGGACGUGGGCACAGAUCCCCGUGCCCCUCGCUUGUACAAGACAGUGGAGCCUACUGAGCUGUUUUGGAAGUGUGGCCUUGCCAACCCCCACACUACACACUGCCUGGGCAGCGGCCAGAUUAUGAUCAGCUCAAUGGGGGACCCCUCUGGCAACGGCAAAGGUGGCUUCAUCCUGUUAGAUGGGGAGACAUUUGAAGUAAUUGGUAACUGGGAGCUGCCAGGUGAAGCUGCCCCCUUUGGCUAUGACUUCUGGUACCAGCCAAGACACAACGUCAUGAUGAGUACAGAAUGGGGUUCUCCGAAGGCCCUUGCCAAUGGUUUCAACCCUGCGGAUGUCAAAGCAGGCCAUUAUGGGAGAAGCGUCCAUGUUUGGGACUGGACCACUCACAAGUACCUCCAGUCCCUGGACCUGGGAGAAGAGGGUGCUAUUCCGCUGGAGAUCAGAUUCCUGCAUGACCCUGCAGCCUCAGAGGGUUUUGUGGGUUGUGCGCUUCACGGAACAGUCUUCCAUUUCUUCAAGACUCAGAAGGGGAACUGGGAUGCUGAGAAGGUCAUCAGUGUUCCCAGUAAGAAGGUGGAAGGAUGGAUUCUGCCAGAGAUGCCAAGUUUAAUCACAGACAUACUCAUCUCCCUCGACGACCGCUUCCUGUACAUAAGCAACUGGCUGCACGGUGACGUUCGGCAGUAUGACAUUACAAAUACCAGGAAUCCACGUCUUGUGGGCCAGCUGUUCCUGGGUGGCAGCAUUCAGAAUGAUGGCCAGGUCAAAGUGCUGGAGGACAAGGAGCUGGACAGUCAACCGCCACCCCGUGUCAUAAAGGGAAAGCGUGUGCAGGGAAGUCCUCAGAUGCUGCAGCUCAGCCUGGAUGGGAAAAGGUUAUAUGUCACAACCUCUCUGUAUAGUGGCUGGGACAAGCAGUUCUACCCAGAUCUCAUCAAGGAGGGCUCUGUGAUGAUGCAGAUUGAUGUGGACUCAGUGAAGGGGGGCCUGAAGCUCAAUGAGGAUUUCCUUGUUGAUUUUGGAAAGGAGCCCGAUGGACCAGCUCUUGCCCAUGAGCUGCGAUACCCUGGAGGAGACUGCACCUCUGACAUCUGGUUGUGAACAGAAGGAUUUGCCGCCUUCCAUGCACUCCCAUUAGUUUGUUGUCACCUGAAAGCAUUAUCCGGGCUGCCAACUCAGAUUGAGGCUCAUGCAGUUCACCUAUUUCACAUACUUAUUCCACAUUCGUCCGUUUUGCAUGCCACAUGUUUGUUUUCUUGUGCAUCUUAAACUAAAUCUUGUUAAAGACAUUAGCAUUCAUCCAAAUUCUGUAUAUCUGCUUGGUACAUGGUGUAGCCUACACUUCCACCAACAAUCAUGCUUGUUUUGAGUGGUUUCAUCUUUGACUAAAAUCAUUGUUGUUAACUGUCAAAGUUGGCAGCCCAGCUUUGUGUUAUACACAGACCAAUGUACUGCCAUGUGUGCUUUUUGAACGUUACUGGCUAAGUGAAAGCUUUGUCCUAGAAUUGCAUAAUUAUAAUAUACAAAUAAAAUCAAAUUAAAAUAUAUUAAACAGACAUGAUUGUGAAUGGUUCAACCCUCACAAUAACACUGACUCUUAAAAUGCAUUGUGAACUAAUAGUAUAAUACGGUAUGACUAUCUUGUAAUGUAUUGUAUUCAGUCCUUUGAUUGCACUAUAUCGCAUUUGGUCCUAUGGCUAAACUUUUCCUCGAAAGGAAAAACCAUGUACAAACACCAAUGAACUGUAAAAGAACUUAUACAGUUCAGUGAAUACAAUCCAUUCAAUAAAGCAAUUUCCCAAG